AUGUACACAUUCGAGUUACCGACAACAGGCGCCAUUUCCUUCUCCGAAUUCUGCAUAGACCAGAGUACCAAUCGCGAAUAUGGCUUCCGAUUUUCUCAGGUGACAGAGGCACGGGCAAAUCUUCGCGCAAUCCUCAAGGAAACUAAACGGACGGACGGGUUCGACAAGGACACCUUAAAGCUUGUCAAGAUUAUUGAAGAAUACCUCCCCCAACUCCAGAGCGUCAUGACCUGCGUCGUCCACGACGAGAUCGGUUUCAAAAGCGAACCAAUCUUCACCUGGCGUUCGACGCUCUCCGCCAACCUACUGAAGACCUCUCCUCGUCUUCCGAUUCCUGGACUUCAUGCUGACUACGCAUUCACCUUGUUGACGUAUGGGUACGCAUUGUGCAAUCUCGCAUGGUCGAUUGUGAAUGGGUUGGGGACGUAUGAGCAGGAUAGGGCUAUUUCGGAUGCGGCGAGGAAGGUGAAGGAUGAGCAGUUGAAUGUUGCGAUCAAGUUCCUGUGCAAGGCCUCAGGGAUCUUUGCGUACAUUGCGGACACGGUAUUGCCGAACUGGGAGGUGAAUAGGACAGAGGUGCCGCCUGGCUUUAAUAAGCCACCUGAACUGACUAGGGAGGUUAAUAAUGCUUUGUCCAAGAUGGCGCUAGCCGAUGCACAAACCCUUGCGAUUCGGAAGCUACUGUCGAAAUCGGCGUAUGAGAGCAACAUCGCGCCUGGCCCUCCUUUACCCAAAUCGCAUCCUUCUCCCGCUCUUCUUGCCAAACUACAUCUCGAAUGUGGAUCCUUCUAUUCUUCGGCGAGAUCUCUGGUUAAAACAAUAGGAUCCAGUAAGGGAUCGGGCAGUGUUGAGGUGAUAUCAGAUCUACGAAAGCACCUGGCGGAAGCAGCCUCUUUCCAUGAAGCUCUGGGUCACAAGUGGCUAGGCGUGGCUGCUGGCGAGAAUGGCGGAAGCGAAAAGGGAGGAGAGGCGGUUGGAUUUGUGGCAUGGGCGAAGAAAGAGUUGGAGGAAUUGAAGAGCUCUGGGCAGCUAGUUUCUUUGGGUAAGGGGGACAAAGAGGUGCGAGGGAUGAAGAAGACAAAGCUUGCAGACGAGAUUGCUACACUCGACGUGUUUUUGAAACACUACAAGAAGAUGAACGACUCGGUACAUUUUCAGCCCGUUCCUUCGCAGGCAGACCUUCAGCGAUUGAUUCCGACAGGGACCGCGGCUGUUGCCACAACGGCGUACUCACCUCCACAAGCAACGUUUGGACCCGACUCUGCGGAAUACCAGCGGCGGAAACAGGAAGCGAGCGAGGCUCCUGCCAUCGUUGAACCUGGACUCGGGAAGCCUGACGACCUGCCUGAACAAACAGACACACCAGUCGGGAACUAUGCUGGGGCUGGAUCUUACUUUUAA